AUGGCCAAGAAAGUCUUCAAGACACACUUUCCCUCUGCCCUGCACCAGGGAUGUGCAGACUGGGUGAAUAUGAAAGCUAUCAAUAGUCUGCCCAUUCCAAUGGUCGGAGUCAUGCAAGGUGCCAUUGAGCUUGGGGGCUGGACGAUGGAAAAGAAAGGAGUGGUGGUGCUCGUCUAUAGGGAGAAGUACGGUCUUCUCCCAAUUGAUCUCAAGUCCGGAUAUGUCGGAAAAGUGACCGACCAGAUCCAUUAUGCAAGGGAGAGUGAUGGUUAUAAUAACAAUGUGAAGGAAGGAGAAUUUCCAAAAGACUGCAGUGAAAUCCCACGGUACAAAGACAGUGGUGUCUAUGUCAUACGUCCUACAGGCUUACACCCGCUGAUUGUGUACUGUGACAUGACUACAGAGAGUGGGGGUUGGAUUGUCAUUCAGCGCAAUAGCUUCAACUCAGAGAUAACCUGGGAUGAAUCUUGGACCACUUACAAAUAUGGCUUUGGUAAUGUGAAGAAGGACUACUGGUUGGGCUUGGAGUAUCUCCAUCACAUUACUAAGCAGAAAGUCUAUCAGGUGCGGUUUGUGAUUCUGGAUGAUAAAAAUGAAGAGAAAUAUGCUGAUUACAACUACUUCAGUAUAGAAGAUGAGGUCAAUGGCUACAGAUUGAGACUGGGCAGCUACAGAGGCACUGCAGGAGAUUCCAUGUCUUCAGUUCAGCCAGGAGCCACACAUGAUAACAUGAAGUUCUCAUCAAAGGACAAAGACCAAGAUAUCCACUCUUCUAACUGUGCAUCCAGCAAUGCUGGUGCAUGGUGGUAUGCUGCCUGCCUAGCUUCCAAGCUCAACAACAAAAAUGGUAUUCAAUGGUAUGGACUGUGUGCUGGUACUUGUAAAGGAUCCACAAUAAUGAUCCGUCCAGCUGAUUACUGCAUAUAUUAA